AUGACUUCCCCACGUCUGGACACUGAUUGUUGCCUAGGAGCAAAGGUAAGCUGAUGCAGUAAUUAAAGCUACGAAUUCGGCUCACAAGUUCCUAGACGUCAGAAUAAUACGUUCUGACUUACAUUUGCGACCGAUAGCAUGGAAACUUUACCGACGUUUCGAAAUGAAUUUCUGAUUGGAACGUAUUACUUUAAGUAGAUUAUAAUAUUGUCUGCUUUGGGACAAAAAUUCCCCAAUAUUUUAGAUACGCUAGAAUACUGGCUUUCAAAGGCAUUUAUUUUCCGAAGUCACGUACAGCGACAUUUUCCAUGUUCAUUUAGUAGCAACUCACGUCUUCCUUAAAAUAUAUAUUCAAAUUAAAGAUAUCUUUACGGUUUUAACAGUUUUUACUUAAGAGGUCUUUUCAGACCAUGCAAUGUUCACUUAAAUCGCAUCUUAUCCAUCUGUCUAGUGGUGCUUCUCAUUAAGUAUACAAUAUAUAAUAUCCAAUGCAACAUUUUCUAUGUCUCAUGCAUUAUUUGUCUGUUAACGUAAGUAAUUUAUGAUGUUUUUCAUAUAGAAAGAAAAAUCCAACAAGUUCAAAAUUAUUCGAAAAAAAACGAUUUAAAAUCUCUAACACUACUCAAUCUUCAAGUAUACUAUUUGAACAAGACAUAACUUUAUACGAACGGAAUACUAUUUUAUAGGCGUUUGUUGUAUACUUUAUUUAAAUGGAAAAGGGUACCAAAAAUCCGUGGGACACAAGCAUGAUUUUAAGUGUUUAUUGCUCCCCAAGCUCGGUUUCCGCAAGCAGUCAACAAGAAGUUCAUUAGAAUGCCAACAUCCUGACGUAUCUGGAAUAGGGUGGCACUAUGUCACAAAAUAAGCGUAAUUGCUAUUCUAUUUAAGUACUUCUUCCCAAUCAGAAACGCAUAUAAGAAGUUCGACUAGCAUUUCACGAAAUUGGUCACUGAGCGUAGUUGAAUUUAAGAAACUACGUAAGAUUAUUGCCACGCACAGCAAAAAUAGUAUACUCCACGAUCAUUGGAAUUGGAAUUGGCGUAUACGGACUCCCUGACAGUAAUGCAUAUUACCGUCUUGAGUCAUAGCAGCCGACAAGUAAAGCCCCGAAUGUCUGCUUAAUUAAUAAAAUUAACUGUUAUUUGGAAAAUAAAUGUAACUAGGCAACAUAAUAAUGAUAGUAAUCUUUUAACAUGAUAUCACCUGACUUUCUAACUACACCUUGAUCCCGCAAUAGAUCGUUUUAAUUUUAUUAUAUGAGACAGGCUCCACAACCUUGGAGUAGAUCUUAUAUUUUUUGAUGCUUAGCUAACAACCAUCUACACAUGCCGCUUUAUAAAUGAUGAAACAUCGGGCAAUUAUUGUGCAUGAUACAUCGUCAUAAACUUCAAAAUCAGUCAUCUCCAAGCGAGAUCAUGCUACAGAAAUCUGGCCAGUGUUUCAUGAGUCAAAUGUCCCACUGAAUACAUGUGGACAGCCCAAUAACUACCAUCGACUCGUUAUCGCAGACAUUUGCAAACUAAUGUGUUUUAAUUUUAAAGCUCAGUAAAGUCGUUUUAUACAGCCAGCCUGCUUUGUCACACUGAGAAUUAUAAAGCAUGGCAACGGUAGGUUGGUGGACUCCUCUUGCAUUUCAGUAGGCUUCAGAUCAUGUUAUACGGGAACAAUGGGAGUGAGGGUUUUACGGGUGGAACAGUACACCGGACAAUAAAUUGGCAAAAAGUAAGUAAACAGAGAGAUCGUUUAGAUUCUGCCGAAAGUCUCGUUGUACUUUUUCAUCUGGCAACGGAGAUAAUCGCGUCAUUAAAAAAUGAACAAAAAUCAAAAUUUCGAAAAUAACGAAGUUUAAACAAUAGUUGGAGGUUAUGGACAGUUUAUGUUGUUGACAGUGAAAUGCUUGCAACGGCCCGCAAAUGGAUGCCAAGGUAAAAUCCCACAUGACACGAUCCACAUUUGCCGACAGUUAGGUGGUGUCCUUCGCCAUACUAUCGCCUAAAGCGUAGGAGCAAUAGAUAAGAUGUACCGAGGACAUGCCAUUCUUUUUUCUGUAGUGAGAUUUCCAGGUGAGUUGAGUUCAGACAUAUUUUCACGUGCGUAGUAUACUUCGUAAUGUGGCACUAGUCCGGCGUAAUUGCAGGCGUGACUGUUUACUGUCCGUCUCACGCUUCCCUUCAACUCGCUGCUGGAUCCAGCUAAGACUUGGCACCAUCCAAUCAACGCUGCCUCCUUUGUGCUUGGCUGCUGCCGACAGCAGCGUAGAAGGGCGCCACGCGAGCUAGCGACUAAGAAACCAAACGGACGACGUACACAGACACGUUUAAAAAAAGAGACGACUGGCUACGCCUGCUUGCUCAGCUAUCUGUACCCUGUUUUACAGCCUGCUCAAAGGCCGUCUCUGUCCUGAUACAGUAGGUGGGCUAACGCAUAAAAUGUCAACCGAAAUUCCAAAAUGCGUUUUCGUUUUGAAAAGAUUAAUUAAGUAGUGUUGUAAAACAAGUCGGCCUACAGCAUAAUUAUAUAAUAAUCUAUCUACAUUACGAUGCUAUGGAAAUAGUUUUUUUGGCUGCAUGCAAACGGGUAUGCUGGAUUAAAUGACUACAUAAGUGGCAUGCAUUGUUCUCAUUAAUGCUCGAUACUCUUAACAAGUGAAUGGUAUUUCAUAGAUAACAUGCAUACAAAUGUUUAUUCUGCUGCUUAUUCGGUAAGAAAUUAGGUAUUAUUUCAAUUUUAUACUCGAACAACGGAUACAGUUUAGUUUUAAAAAAUUUUUAAAUUUUGAGAUUUUUUUAAUGCCAUGAGAUGGCCGUUGAUGAAGCGCUAUGUCUUUGCAUUUACCAAUGUGGCUUGUAAACUUAGCAGCAUGGCCCAAAUCCACUGCUAUAUGGACCCCAUAUGGACCCCAUAUGGUCUCCUCUUAAUACUGUAGAAAAAUGUAUGAUUUUCCCGUAUGCAGUAAAUGCGCUGCCUGUAGUUUGCAAACCCUGAAUGAAAGUGUAACUGCAGAUUGGAAUACAAAUUAUUUUGGAAUUCGCAAGAUUGUUGAAAACCGAAUUAUACCCCUCCUUGGAGUAUAAAAUUGAAAGAAGACGUAAUUUCCUACCGAAUAAGCAGCAGAAUGAAUAUUUGUUUGCAAGCUUUCUAUGAAAUUUUAUUAAAUUUUUAAGGGCAUCGAAAAUUAAUGAGAAAUAUGCAUGCUACUUAUACAGAAGAACUUUUUGGCAUGCAGCCGAAAAGUAAUUGUUUCGAUAGCAGGCAUUCUGAGGUAACCGAAUUAGUGUAGAUUGACGCUGCUCGGUGAUCUGUUUUACAUCCAUACUUAAUUAAUAUUUUUGGAACGAAAACACAUUUCAGAAUUUCUGUUGACAUUUCAUGAGUUUGCCCAUCUACUGUAUGUAAGUAUGGACUCCGUUUUUUGGUCAUUUCGACAGCAACAUUUUUGAAAUGCUUUCGAGUGGAAGCAUUACGUACAGAAGGUUUGUUAGCACUUCUGCAAAUAUGACAAAUUUGCCUUAACAGAAGGGGUCCUUAACAGCACACCGUCAAUAUUGACAGUUUAAGAUGAAACUUAAAAUACGUACUUAGUUCCAUCACACAAAAUGUACACAUGUUCAUGCUUCGCAGGUCUAGCAAACACAUACUGUUGGUAGACACAAACGGUCUGUGGUCUAAUUUGGUCGUGUCUCUGAUUGGAUCGAUGAAGAAGAUGAGAUUGUCUUCUCAUAAAAUUGACAUAUUAACAGACAAUACCAUGCAGAAGAGUCGGUCCAAUUGCAUUUAGCAAUCAAUGUGCACGCUGUCUUUGCGAAAAAGUCAACGCUAGUACAUGCUGAGAAUUUCCAAACUUUCUUAGCAAUACAUACCACCAUAUAUAUCCGAGGUCACAUUGACAAUCCACAAGUUUUUUUCUUAAUUUUGCCCAUAAAAAUAUUUAAAAGAAAAGGUCUAAUUGGUGAGCUCACUGCCACACUUGCCUCGUUUAAUUUUCGAGGAAAUUAAUUCGCGAACUUGGAGUUAAUAUUUCGAAAAAGGCCCUUUUAGGCACGGUCCAAAGUUUGAUAUGAAUAUUUGAGCUGAAAUCCAUCAGCUUCUGCGAUAUAACCGUUUAAUAUUCACAAACCACCAACAGGCAGCCAGUAGUAGAGAACUGUGAAAUGAUUUACCGUACUAACAACUUAGGUAUUAGCUAAAAGCCCAGACACGUGUGUUUUGACGAUAUUAUGCCGCUGCCUGAUGCAGCUGCGAGGGGGUCAGCUCGUCAGCGGGUCCCCCAGCAUUUCCCCGUGUGUUUUCUGGUAUAUGAACUGCAGUUUCUACUUGCCUUGUUUAAUUUCCGAGGAAAUUAAUGCGCAAACUUGGAGUAAAUCUUUCGAAACGGGCCUUUUCAGGCAAGGCAAGUUGAAACUGGAGUUCAUAUACCAGAAAACACACGGGGAAAUGCUGGGGAACCCCUUGACGAGCCGAACCCCUCGCAGCUGAUCAGGCAGCGGCAUAAGGUCGGCGAAACACGCGCGUCUGCGCUUUCAGCUAAUACCUGUGUUGCUAGUACGGUAAAUCAUUGCACAGUUCAUUGCCACACUGUUUACUGGUCUGCAUAAUUGGGCCUCGGAGAGAGAACAUGCAAGCAGUUCUUUCACCGAUGUCACUGAGGUUAUUUAUUAUUUCUACUACUAGCACGUUGGUAAACAGAGAUGAUAGAAGUUCGACUGUCGUGACCGACGUGUGCUCUACAACAAGGUACAACAGGCACGGUGUAUUGCGCAUGAAUCAGUUAAUGUGAACAGAGACUUACGCAGCGUCUACAAAACUCUCUACCCCUCCCCAUUUUUGCCCGGUGUCAACUCAUAUCCGAGUAGACCGGAGUUGAGGGAGGGCGCAGAUGGAUUGCGCGGCUGGACUCGCACCUAGGCACCCCACUACACCCCCUGAUCCACAAUAAACACUUGACCAACGGCAACAGUACAUCGACAGGUUAUAAGGACGACGAGGAUGACUGGGUAACAAUGAUCACGCCCUGGAAACGCAGCGGGUGCGCAAGCCCAUCUUGCGGCAGGAACUAGAUGCCAGAGCCCUUGGGCGUCCCCACUGCACGUGGUGCCCAAGGCGACAUCAGGCGACUGGAGACCCUGUGGCGACUAUCGAGCCCUCAACAGCGCUAUCAUCCCUCAUCUGUACCCCGUGCCUCAUCUUCAGGACGUUGCUGGAGCCCUUUUUGGCAAAGCGGUUUUCUCGAAGAUUGGUCUGGUGCGUGCUUUUCAUCAGAUUCCAGUCGCCCCUGAGUACAUCACUAAAACCGCCGUCACCACACCCUUCGGUCUCUUUGAGUUCAUCCGCAUGCUAUUCGGUCUUCGUAAUGCAGCCCAAACGCUCCAGAGUUUAAUCGACCAUGUCCUACGUGGCUUACCCCCUGUGUACGCGUACAUUGAUGACCUCUUGGUGGCCAGCCGGAAUGAGGAAGAACACAAAGGGCAUCUUACCUUGGUGUUUGACCGCCUUGACAAGUUUGGCGUUGUCAUCAACCCCUCCAAGUGCGUGUUGGUUGUGCCUUCACUCGAGUUCCUCGACCAUCAGGUCGGCUCUGAAGGUUUGCGUCCCGUCCCCUCCAAAGUUGACGCACUUCGUACUUUUCCUCCUCCAAUUUCCAAGCGACAGUAA